UUGAAAACGUGACAAGAGCGCAGUAUCGUAGUUUUUCGCAGCUCCCGGGAGGAAUGAUACGUGAAAUCGAGUCCUAGUAAGGGCAUUUUCAGGUCUCGGCGGCCGCGGUCUUGGUGUGCUGGCCGUCGGACGAGGCGGCCACCUAUCGAGGGCGCGACUUUGCUCUCGGGGCUGUUGCGUGUUCUGCCGGUUGCCGAAUCUGACGGCCCAAACCCGGGGCCCCUCUCGCUUCCCCGCCACACUGAGUGGAGAGCGAGCGAGCAGUCAAGUGUGUGUGUGAGUGCACUUUAAAGUGCCUUAUGUGCACGUUCGGUGCCGCGGAACCGCGUGAGUAGGCGCUCCUGGUGCCUGACAUUCGGCGCGGCCCCGGUCGGCGCGCAAAGGCCCAUCAACGGCCCGCCAAAAUGGCUUUUCGGCAAUGGGUGUACGAUUUUUUGCAGCAGUGAGGGAGAAGCAUGCGAGCACGCCCUUGCCCACCUUGGAUCGUGACGUCACCCUCUCUGCUCUGAUUGGCUUCAAAAUCGGCAGCAUGGGGCCGCUGUAAACACGGCGGAAGAUCGAGUGGGCAGCCUUUGUUGAGUGGAGCUGACAACAUGAGUCUCGAAAUUCUACUGGAGGCCGCUCUUUACCUUGAGUACCAAACAGAGGCUCAAAAAAGAGGCGAAGUUCCAAAAGACUAUAAGACUUUCACAGCGCUGCAAAACUCUGGCUCGCCGCCCGCUUCGUCGUCGCCGCCAAGAGUGUCACUGCCUCCACCGCCGCCCCCAGCGCCUCACAACACCCCUGUCCACGCCGCCAAGGUCAACGGGGUGGGCUCCUCGCCUGUGGGCAAGGCGGCGCCCCCCUCCAGCCCCCCCUACUACCACCCAGACGGUUCGUACCUGGCCGCAAGGCUCACCGCCCCCUCGCCCGCCUCCAACGGGGGCAGUGCCGCCCCCGCCUCCGACGCCUACAUCAAGGUCAAGAAUGUGCCGCUCACCCUUUCGACGGCGGCGCCCCUCUCCGCCUCGCCACCCUCCGCGCAGACCCCGUCGAGCGCGGUGCCAAACUCACCCUCCAGCGCCAACAGCAAUGGAAACGUCUCUCCACAGGAGCUCAAAAGUGCUGGGACUCGGGAAGUGCACAAUAAGCUGGAGAAGAAUCGGCGGGCCCAUUUGAAGGAGUGCUUCGAGCUGCUGCGGCGACAGCUACCCCCGUGCGGCCACGACGACAAAAAACCGUCCAACCUCACCGUUCUCCACUCGGCCAUCCGCUACAUCCAGACGCUGAAGAGGAAAGAGCGCGAUUACGAGCAUGAAAUGGAACGGUUGGCGCGCGAGAAGAUUUCUUUCCAGCAGCGACUAUCGUCCCUGAAAAAGGAGAUCAGCUCUCAGUACGACUCGGUGGACUUCGCAGCCCUAUUGCCGGACGUCCCCGCCCCGUCGGCCCUGAAAGCGUCUCAGGUGCACCUGGGCUCAGGAUCGCUCUCAAAGCCGCCGCCCUUUGACUCGGACGACGACUUUGAGUUCGAGGAGGAAGAUGAAAGUCUUCGGAAACCCUUGUCGCCACCCCACUCGGCCUCCACCUCGACCGCCUCCGGUAAGACAGAGCGCGGCCACUUGAGCGACGUGGAAGAUCUCUCGGCCGGAAAUUCAAGGCCCGGGUCUUCGCGCGAGGGUGACAACUCUCCGACGCAGACCUCCGCCCCUCCAACCCCAAACCCCAACUCGCUUCGUCCUUCGGCAGUGGUCGAGCACCCCGGUCGCUUGGGGGUGCUCACUCUGGGCGACGUCCUGCGCAAAUCCACCCCUCCGAGCACCGAGCUGGCUGCGCCUCCUCAGAGUCAAGGCACAAAACUCCACCUCCCCCCACACGCCACCCCCAUUCACUUGUCACAGGUCUCCAGCAAGCAAUUCGGCGAGCACAUAACUCGGCCGUCGCAUGUGCAACUCGUGUCUUCCCCCUCGGGUUUGAUCAGCACCUCGGGGUCAACGACCCUGGUCGGGCCUGCAAUUCAACUCCUAGCAGCACCCAGCGGGCUUCGGAUGCUCACCACAGCUCCAUCUCAUGACCAGAGGACUCCAGGUAGAAAUUUUUUUAUAAGCAGAGAAGAAACCCCGAAAGCCAAACUAGGCACCUUCAUAGCAUCAACUGAGUCUUCGAGGUUACCUGGGGGUGCGGAGAUCAAUGUAAUUUCCAGUUCUGCGUCCCAAAAUGCUUUACUGGGUUCGGCCGUACGGAGCAACCUUUCGAGCAAACCCAUCAACCUCUCUUCGAGUGCCAGCAAAGGGCACCUGACCAACUCCUCGGCGCCCCCAAUUCUCAACGGAGGCGUCAUCAGCCAUGCCUCUGCCCUCCACAGACACACACUGCCCCAAGGACAAAAUUCUACGACAGUGCUCUCUUCGGUGCCGUCAGGUGCCCCUGCAACCAUGGGCAUACCCCACACAGUAACCCAUCAUCUUUCACCUGCUACAGCUUUUGAUUUCUCUGUAGGAAUCACCCAUGUUGUGACUGCGUCAGGUGCAGCUCACAUUUCCACUCUUGCACCGCUGGUUGCAGCGCCCGUCACCAUGGUUGCGCCCGGCAGCCACCCGUCCGGAGUCCACAUUCUGACCACCGGCAAGCCGCCAUUUCAAGUGGUGAGUGGCCCCCUGCUGAAGCACCAAGUGCUGCCGGCGCAGGCCUACCUGAGCGGACAACUUGUCAAGCCCGUGAUGAUGGUGAGCUCACCAGCGCCCGUGGUGGCUGCUCCGAGGUUGCCGCCUCCGUCAGGCGAGGCUGCUUCUCCCAAUGGCGCCGCAACCCCCAAAAGCGCACCCUCGUAAUUGUCUGAGUGGCGGGAGAGGUGCUGCGUGUGGCUGAAAGCGUUUCAGCGUACAUUCCUAUUUCCUGCUUUUGUUUUAAUUUCCACAUAAAAAGUACAAAUUAUGAUUUCCUCUUUCUAAAAGGACACUAUCGCCAGUGGUAUAAUGUGCAGAACACUUUGUCACUCAAGUGUAAAGCUUAAUUAAGAAAUCUAAGAAGAAAAAAAACCGUAACUCAAGGUGAAGGUGAAAAAUGAAAGUAUUAAAUCACAUGCUUUGUAAAUUUCAAUCAUCAUUGUUAGUGCCAUUUCAGGAUUACCCACAAAAGUUUCAAAUUCAGCUCUUUUGCAUGUCACACUUUUCCAAACCUCCUGCGUGGAAAUUGUAUAUUUAAGGUUUUCCGAAACAAAUUGCUAGAAUUUGAAACCUUUGACUUGAAGUCUUAAUUAAAUUUGGUAAUUAGAAAAGCAUCCUGAAGUUGUUGGCACCUCCCGAAGAUGAUGAAUUGUCGCUUUGAUGAAGCCUUGUCGGGACGACUUUGUCUCGAACGCAUCCAAGCAAUGUCAUGUCCUUUAAUAUUAGCCCAUUUUUUAUUAUAUUAUUUUCUGCAGCAUUUUAAUUCUUAAUUUCACCCGUCGCUGGCCAACGAGUUUGUUCUUGGCGUCAUCGACGGGCAAAAACAAAAACUAAAAAUGAUGUCAUUGUCUCAUUCGCUUUAAUUCAGUGUUCCUUUGAUCAUUCUUGUAGGGUCUGAUUUCCUAUUUAUUGCUGAAUAUUGAUUGGCUGAUUGAAUGUGUUUAACUGCAGCAACACUAAAAAUUGAUGGAAAUGUCUUCUUUCUGGUUCAAGCAUAGCCAGAGCUUGGAUGUACGUUUGUUGUUAGCGCAAGUUGAGAUUGGAAUUUUGAGGUGAAAAAUAAUCCUUUGUUGAUCUCACCCUUCAUUUCCCCCAGGACCUCUUUCCUGCCCCCACCUUCAUUGAUGUUUAUAACCUUUUAAUCUGCAAUAAUGUGCACCAAUCUUGGGUCUUGACAAAAUUACGAAUAUAUGCCAAUGAAGAUGUCCUAAAAACAUGAAUGUGUGUUAGAGAAAAAGCAGUAAUUAUAGUGACUAUGGAUGAGUAAAAUAAAGCAAAAUGCAACGA